AUUGUUUUUAUAAUGUCUACACAUUCUGGUAUUACAGCUGACCAUCUUAAAUCAGUUAUUACUGAACGUCUUCAAGCACAACAUGUUGAAAUUGAAGAUUUAUCUGCAGGUUGUGGACAAAUGUUUGAAGUCAUUAUCGUUUCACCUAUUUUUGAAGGAAAACGUCUCUUGGCUAGACACAGGAUUGUAAAUGAAGCACUUAAAGAAGAAAUUAGUAAAGUGCAUGCUUUUACUCAAAAAUCAUUUACACCUGAGGAAUGGGAAAAGAAGAAGUCUGAAUAAACAAGAUUAAAAGCUAGAAGUUUUGUAUGAUUAAAAUCAAAUUAUAUACAUUUAAUGAAAUAAUAACUAUAAUAAAAAGAAGCAACCCAAUAUGUAUUCU